AUGCUGCAAGCUAAUUCUUUCGUUUUAGUUUUGGCACUCGUGGCUAUCAAAGCCGCCGUGAAGGUGGAUGUGUACUAUGAACAUCUGUGCCCGGACAGUAUCCGCUGGAUAAGCGAUCAACUUGCCCCGAACUAUGAAGCCAUGCAAAAUAUUAUUGACAUCGAUUUCAUUCCUUUCGGCAAGUCAAGGAGCAUCAACAAUGGCGAGUCCUUUGAGUGCCAGCAUGGUCCGCUGGAAUGCGAGGGAAAUCGGAUCCAAUCCUGCGUCCUGAACUACCUUCCAGAGCAGGAUAGACAGGUUUCGUACGUGGCUUGCCAGAUGCACUUCAAUGCAGAUCCGCGUGGUUAUGAGUGCGCCUUCAGAUCCGGUGUAAAUCUAAAUGCAGCGCAGGCUUGCGUGGAUGGUGAUCUUGGUAGACAACUACAGCUGGAAGCUGAACGUCGUACCCAGCUGAUUUCACCGAGUUUUGUGCCAACUAUUGUGUUCAAUGGGCAAUUUGACCAAUCACUACAAAACCGCGCAUUGAGUGAUUUUCUAGGAGUAAUCUGCGAGCUAAGCAAUAAUGCUAUUGCUUCUUGUUAG